AUGCCUCCUGAUGAGAGUCGCCUUGAUAGGCUCGUCAAACAAUACCUCGACCCUAUCCUUGACGAUGCCCAGACGAAUGCAGGACAACUGCACUACCACGAUCCUGGACCUGCAAUCGACGAGUCACUCUACAGCGGACGCUUUAUGCUGGACAUCCGAAAGGAGGAAGGAUAUGCAAAUGAAGAUGAAGAUGAAGAGAAAAAAGAGCAAGAAGAGCAAGAAGAGCAAGAGUACCAUGAAGAGUAUUACCUAGAGCAGGAAGAUGUCAUUCUGCCACUCGGAAAUCCCAUACGCAGGGAGGCUGACACGCAUCGAGCGCCAGAGAGUCGUCUUGAAGUGACUCUAGACGGCAAGCUUAUACAUAUCGUCCAGUAUCUGAAAAUGGAAGGAUGGAUGGCGCUGAAGUCCAUUGUCACAAGAAAUGAUAUUUCCGCUGACGUUAUCGGAGUUCCUUGGUUGAGAACUGAAUUGCAGUCAUGGCAAAGGAUUGCCGUGAUGAAGCUACUCGAUGCGUGUAAUUCUCCACUCCGGGGACUGAUUCUUGCAGAUGAAACAGGUCUUGGCAAAUCCCUGUCAGCCCUGGUGGCAGCGUUGUUCAAGCGACAGGAGAUGCUUCCUCAAUGCGGCCCGGUGCUUAUUGUGACCCGCAUGAGCUGUUUGACCCAGUGGUAUGAGGAGACGAUCACCCAUUUUAGCGAUGAACAUCGCCCAAGGACUAUCAUUCUGGAUAACCCGAACAUCUCAGUUCGACGCUUAUUGGAAUACGACGUUGUCAUAUGCUCAAACUCUUUCCUCAAAAGGAGGUACCUUGACCUGGAGAAGCAAGAACUAUUCAGCUCGGUGGUUCAUGGCUAUGACAUCUACACUGCCCAGUCGAUUUUCCCGAAGCAUAAACGCCAACGCAUAUAUCAGCCAUUGCAUUCGCAGCUUUAUGCCGCCUUAGACAAGAGAUUCCCGGUCCUGAUAUUCGACGAGGCUCACGAUGGAAGAAAUGAGGACUCUCAAUUGUAUUCGGCCAUUCGAUCUCUGGACUAUCAUCAUGCGUUCCUGCUUACUGCAACGCCGACCUACAACACAUGGAGUGACUUCGGUUCACUUAUAUCAUUCUUACCCGGAAGCCCAUUCCAGUCUGCAACUCAUUUCAAAGAUGUCUUUGCUACGCCGCCCUUAGAACCAAAUGACGUUGGUCGAAUGGGUCCUAGAGGGCCAUUCCUGGAACUUCUUGUCAAUUUUGCCCAAGGAUCGAUUCUGGGACGACCAAAAUCCGUACUAGGUCUCGAGAAGCUCAUAGAGCACAGAAUUGAGAUGGAACCUCUUUCUUCGAGGUCUGUAGACCUUACCAUACUUGCCAUGACGAUGCGGGGACGAAGCAAGAUCUGGGGGAUCAAGGCCGUGCCCGGAAAGCAUCCAUACCGGAAAGCUCAAGUCCAUAGUGGACUUAUGUAUCUCAGCAGAGCGCAGCAUCUUGCAAAUCACGAAUUUCUUAUCGGCGCCAAUGGCAAUUACGAGGAAGGGAAGCAGGUCAGAGCUGAGUCACUCUCUAAUGUACUCGGCCAGUUUCAACGUAUUCUGGAACAUAUGGCAAUUGCAAAACACAGGGAUACACUGGCUUCAAGCUUUUUACCUCCUUUUUUUGCAGAGCAGGACGUCUCUAAAGAGCUAUUGUUCAAUUUCCUGGACUGGGCUACUCGAUCUCUGUCUGAGAAUGACUCCGUUGAUGCCAUUGUGGCUAAAUGGACACCUACCUUGUCGAGACUCCAACUUUUGCAGUUCAUAAACCAGGAACCUCACUUUCGCGAUGCUAUAUCAAAAUACAUCAGGGACCGAUCAGGGCAGGCCGCCAAAGACGAAACCCUCACUCCAAUAUCUCGUUCUAUCGACACUCUUUCCAAUGAAGAGUACGCAGAGUUCAAAGACUCGAUGAGAUCACUUGACCCCGUGAUCUAUAUACCAAGGAAUCUUUUAUUGAGUCAAAUGGAUGAUGAUACUGAAAUGGACGUCGUUGACGGUGGUUCCAUCAGUCAACAACCUGAGGGCGCAGCCAUUGACGCCUCGAGAGUCACUCCCAGACCGACAACUCCAGAGCUACAGGCCGUGCAACAAAGCAUUUACAACGACGGAAACUUCAACUACGCACAGGACCAGGAGGAUCUGGAUUAUGACCCUAACAGUGAACAUUUGACCAGAGAAACCAUCGUCGAGGAUGAGAACGUCCGCGACGAUACAAGAAAACCUAUACUACCUAACGCUUUGGCCUUGAAGACGUGGAAGGAGUAUCUUCAAGCAAUAACAACUGAGGAACUAUUAUCACCGAAAGCAAGACUAGUGAUCGAUCUGAUUCAGAACUUGCGCCAGAGUCAUCCCCGAGAGAAGAUUGUGAUUGCAUCUGCAUCAGUCAAGUUCCUUGAUAUGCUCCAAGAGUAUCUUGCUCGAAAAUUCCCUGCUAUCCAAACUGCGAGUUACAACGGAAACACCAAGUCAGCGAAAGAGAGAAUGCGCAUUAUUAAAGAGUUUAAUCUCAACGGAGCAGGCCCUGAUAUUCUCCUCCUCAGCGCCUCAUGUGGCGGCACUGGACUGAACCUUCACGGCGGUUCACAUCUAAUAAUUACGGAGCAUUUCUGGACGCCGGGACUGAGAGAUCAAGUCAUUGGACGCGUCUACAGGAUGCAGCAGACACGAAGGGUCCAUGUGUAUGAGAUUGACUCUGGCACUGAGAUUGAUCUUUUGUUAAAAGAGUUUGUAGGCAAUAAGACGACUACAGGAGUGACCCCACUGGAACAGGCAUUUCGGCGCUCAGACCUUGCUGAUGCCGUUACCCCUCGCUUACCGACAGACUAUGAGCUCAGAAGAGAACUGCAGAGAUACGAUGAUCGAGAUCAUCUUGUCACUUUUGCAAACCGUGUGGGGAAGAAGAGAAAGAAGAUAUAUCGAUUCACCUCGGAUGGUGAGGAGAAUCCAGAAUACUCGGCCGACUCAGAGGAGACAGAUGAUCCAUAUGAUUCAGGUGAUCCACAAGAGAAGUGGGAACAAUUUGUGGCUCAAUUCCCACCCGAUAAAGACGAUGCGGACGAUGAGGGUGAUGAGAAUGACUCUGUAGAGGCUGAGGAUACAUGGGCAACAUUCAGGUUUGGUCUCAUCCAGGCCGAAGAAAGAGCCAAGAAACGAGACAACUGGUUUAUGUCGGAAGGGCAGUAA